AUGAUGUGUCGUGUGUUGUGUUUUCUCGCUUUGCUGUUGAGUGUUGUCUCUUUGUGUGUGACAGCUGAGGCGACUCCUUCUCUUGCAGUUGAUUCUGGUGGUCCUUGUCCUGCAGGUACUGAACCGUCUGCUGAAAAAUCUUGUAAACCUGCCUCUCCUGCUGUUGCUAUUUCACAACCUCCGGGUCCUCCUCCUCCACCUCCAUCAUCUGAUGGUGGUGAUGGUGAUGCUUGUACAACUGCGUCUACUAGUUCAGAGUGUCCUCGUAUUACCAGUGAACGUGAAGGUGCUCUUACUGAUUGUAAGGAUUCAUCGGAGACGGAAGGUUGCAUUACCAGUGGUCCUAAGACUAAAAAAAGUUGCCCUGAUGGAUCUGAUCAACCUUGUCCACAACCACAGCAGGAGACUGAUCGAACUAUAAAUAAUACUCGAGAAAAUCAGGAAACCAUACAAACAGCUCCCACUGGUGUUUCUGGUGAACAAGGAGAAGCUGCGGCUGGUAAGGCUGUAUCUGGUGGUGGUGCUUCUUCUUCUUCUGAACCUCCUUCUCCUGUUCCUACUCCUACACCUCCUGCUCCUACUCCUAUUUCUACUCCAGCUUCUACUCCUACACCUACUGAGGAAAGUGUUGGUGAGUCUUCAGUUGAUGGCCAACCUGGAAGCAAGGAUAACCAUACACCACGUGAGGGUGAAAAUGGAGAUAACAACGGACCUGCGGCAACACAACCUUCUGCUGCCUCUCCUAACACUUCGCCCACAGGGAGUGGUGAUGGUUCUGAUACUGCCACAGCCGAGAGCGGCACUACACCUGCAGGGAGUGAAUCAUCAAGCAACCAACAAAGUGUGGGAAAUGCAGACAGCAGCAGCAGUAUCAGCAGUUCUCUGUGGAUGCGUGUACCACUACUGAUUGUGGUUACACUGGCCUGUAUUCUUGUGUGCUGA